AGCGCUGUCCCCUCGAAACUCGUCACGCGGCAACUUCCGCUAGUGUUGGCAUUUUCAAAAAAGUUGUCGGAACAGUUUCAAAUGUGGAAAUUGGCAACACCGAGCGACUCGAGACAGCCCAAGCCAUCCAUCAGCUCCCUUCGGGCGGUGAGAGGCGAGACCAGAGUGGAGGCCAAGUAUGUAAGUGGACUCGAGCUCUGGCCAGUUCAAACUUGUGCCGCACUGGCCUCGAUUGUACGCGCCUGCGUCGCAGUGUGCGUCUGGCGUCCCCUUCGUCACGGACAGGAUAUCAAUUGCCAGAAGUCCUAUUGCGUUGUCGUGCAGAACGGAAAUGAUCACGUGUCCAUACAUUUAGGCCAGCCGCGGCAUGAAUCACACCUUAUGCACAUCCACCAGAGUCUCUCUCCCUUUUCGUCACAUGCUUCGACGAGGCUAUGUGGGCGUGCAUGCUUCUCAGCCUUGUUGAAUCUAGCCAGUAUCCCCGGUCUUCGUAGAGUGCCUCUGCACAUCUGGGAUUGGUCCACUGUGAGCGCCGACGCUCGCAACAUGUUUCAAACCAAAAAGCUCAUCUCCGAAGGUGGUGUUGUAACGCAUCCAACAAAAUGUCGCUUGCGAGUUCGUGCGACCUUCCAAGCACAUUGUUCACCGGACGUCUGGCGCACCCUACGUACGAACUUCAAUCGCAAAAGGUCUUCGUCUCUACCCGCCAGUAUACUACGUUGUCCUUUUGCUUGGGUGCUAUGCCCGGACCCACGCCUGCUGCGCUCUGGUGCUUUUUACCUAACGUAUCAUACCCUCAACGGCCGUUGCGCUAGCCUGCCUAUGCGUGUCGCAUGAUCUGAGGCAGCCUGUGUAAUGCCUGAUUUGAUAUAACUUGACGUGUCAGGCCGUGCCAUCUGUCACAUGUUGUUUGUGGGUUGGCUGGUAGUCCCUUGCCUGAUGCCGAGUGCCGCUACAGGAUGGAGGUAGCGCGAGCGAGUGUUUGCGACGCCACACUCAAGUUCGCUGACUUGCGACACGUUGCCACUCGCGGGGCCGGGGGUGCCGAACACAAAUUGUCGCACUGGGUCUUACUGUGCGGACAGAUGGGUUAGGUAAUAUUGAAGUAGCGGCGGGGAUCUUCUUGCGGCUCGGAGGUCGCCAGUCGCCACCAUGUAGGUUGGACUUGGAGCUCACGACAUGCGGUGUCGGCUAGUGCUGGUUGGCUUAUCUGUGCAGGCAUUAUAUGU